UCUUAGAAAAAAGAUUGAAAGUAGCAUUUUUUCCUGAAAGUGGAGUUUUGAAACGAUCGCGGAAAAUUCUCCGUUUUCUCCAUUUUCCGACCGGGAGAAAACCUCAAUCGCUCGCGGGUUGUGAAUUGAUACGGAAAAUAGCAAAAACGCGAGUCGGAAAGCCCUCAGCGGGCGCCAGAGCGAGUGAAAAAAAUCAUCGAUUUUUCUGCCUCCGAAAAAAUCCGGGACGAAACGAGAACAAACAAAUUCACCAAUUCCCGUCUCCCGUGUGCGGAAACCUUCUGGGGCGUUUGGUGGUGGAAAAAGACAGUGAGAAAACCGUGCAUCAGCAUUUUCACAGUUCGCAGUUUUCCAGAGACGCAGAAAAAUGCCCUCGCAUGCCCGCCGCCCCGUGGAAGAGGCCCGGUUUUAGGCGAUAGGGGCGCGGACUGCGAAAUGUGUGUCCUGCGAAGAUGAAGGGCUCCGCUCGCGGGGCAUCGGCGAAAGGACGACAUUCCAAUCGACGGCGUGCGGUGGCGGACAGCGGACAGCGUAAAGUCUGGAACUCGUAUCUCGUCCUUGAGCGGUGCCGUCGUCGUCCACCACCACCACCAUCACCAGCAUCACCGUCUUUCCCUCUGUUAUGAUGAUGAACAAUAAUUCCGGCGAAGCAAAGACUUCCGCCCCAGACACAGACACUGGUGGCGAUGAAGGAGGAGGAGGAGGGGAAGGGGAUGGCGUUGCUGCGACGGCGGCGACGGCGGUCGCCACGGCCGGCGGCGAGGAAGAGGCGGCCAUCGGUGAUAUUGAAGUGAAUAUCCGGCGCGGGCUGGAUGUGAUACAGAGCAUGAUCGAUAUAUCAGCCGAUCGACUCGAAGGCUUGCGGACACAGUGUGCUACGAGCGCCGAGCUGACACAGCAGGAGAUCCGCACGCUCGAGACGAAGCUAGUAAAGUUGUUCUCCGACUUGUUAAUUACUAAAUCGAAACUUCCGGAGCGGUUACCCGCUCGGGGACUGCCCGCUACCGGUAACGAACUCAAGCAAUGGCUCAGAGUUGUAGGUCUGAGCUGCACAUCACUCAACUCUGUGAUACAACAGGUCAGCACGCUGGAGGGACUGCUGGAGAAGGACGACAAGGAGCUGCGGACAAUCAUGGUUAACGACGUUUACGUCCGGGAGGAGGAAAUUAAGCGGUUGACGCGGGCCUGCAGCAACUUGAAGCACUGUCGCGAGCAGCUGGAAGCGGUGGCUGACGGACGAAAGGUGACGAGUGAACCGCACGAUCUAUUCUGGGACUCCUGGGACCGCCAACCGGUUUGCCAUCGUACAUCGCCCCGCGUCAGCCGCUCGAUGGCCGGGGGUGGUGGUGCCGGUGCUGGUGGCAAGUGUGGCAAAUCCAUGGCCAACUAUCGUCAGAACAAUGGACCCGCGUCCACGGGAAACAGUGGAGAGCUGCAUAUAACCAGCCCUCAAACCGAGGAAACGAUGAUAGCGCAUCACCACUAUCAUCAGCACCCGCACGCGCAUCAGCAGCAUCAUCAUCAUGAGCAAUUGCUGAAUCCGCAUCACACGAUCUCGCCGGAUGAGGCUUCGACCAGCGGUUGCACUCCAUCGCCAUCGCCUCCGAACUCACCCUCCAAUGUGCUGCUCCAAGGAAAACAGCAGCAGCAGCAGCAGCAGCAACAGCAGCAACAACAACAGAACCGCAAGGGUUUUCCAACGACCCCACCUCCCAAGCGAAAACAUCAGACCACCCUGUUGGCCUCUUUCGCUGGUUCCGCAUCCUCGCCCUCGAACAGUGUGCCCACGGGGUGUAUAGCUGCCACGAGCACUACCACAUCAUCGUCGUCGUCGUCGUCCACCGGCGCCGUAGCUUCCGCCGUUAGCAGCAUAGGAUCCUGUGCCGUCGAUGCGGCCACCUCUUCGGCGUCUUCGGCCGCUGCCGCUUUAACCAAAUCCAAGUCACAUGAAUCGCAGUUCGGUGGUGGUGGUGCAACAACUGGCAACCCUCUUCACCACCCUCAGUAUCAUCAGCAUCACCACAACAACAAUAAUAAUCACACGUCCGCCGCCGCCGCCGCUGCAGUCACCUCCAACAACAACAACGGUGGCGGUAGCGGUGGUGGUGCCAGUAGCAAUAGUGGCGGCCCUGCGUCACACUAUCACAUCAAUAACAACAAUAACAUUCCAUCGAACGUGGUAUCGCUGGUGAGUCAUGCCGAGGGAGGAGGAGCGGCGGGCGGGCCUAUCACGACAGCGGUCACCACCAAUGUACCGAUUCUAUGUGAUCCCAUGAUGGCGCAAACGGUGGUCGGCACAGGACACAGCUAUCGUGCCACCAUCGGCAACGGUAGUGCGGGUGGUAAUCGGAUUGGAACCUUCCCCCGGAGUCGCCUAAACACCGAGCCGACCUUCAACAGUACGGCUACGAUGGGCGGUAGCGGAGUGUUGGGCAGUGGGCCACCGUUGCUCUCUGCCGGUGACCAUUUGCACGGUCAUCCACAUCCGCAUCAUUACCAU